AUGUCGGCAACAAGAUCGGCUGCUCCGCGCUUGCGGUUGCUGCAGUCGCAAGCAUCUGCGAAACGUCUUUUGCAUGCUUCCACAAGCUAUGCCACGCCGGGUGCAGCAUCGACCUCGUCAGCUUCGACAACAACAGAGACCGCAGGCGCAUCCUCUUCAUCGACCAGGAUCAUCAGCUCGCUCAUUCUCUCAAGACCGGCUGUCAUCCUUCGCGAGCCCACUAAGUUCGAAAAGGCAUACCACGACUACAACCGUCAGCUCUCGGAGGCUUUGCAGCAGCCCUUCCCGAAAGACUUCUACUUCAAGAAAGGCUCCGCUGCCGAAAAGCGCUUCGAGGAGGAUCAGGCCAGCUCUUCGCACGGCUUCUCUGCCAUCGCCGGCGCUGCAUCAGGAUCGUCAUCGAAAGGGAAAGCUGGCAAGGCCAAGGAGACGGCGCCUGCACCCGCUCCCUCGUCAUCCUCUGUGGAGGGCGAAGCAGAGAGCCGACCUCUGCCAAGAACCACCGAAGCUGACAGCAAGAACGAUGUGCGCAGUCUCGAAAGGAAGCUCGACCGCACACUCUACCUUGUCGUGAAGCAAAAAUCGAGCAAGGGCGCCGCUUCCUGGCAGUUCCCAGCAAAAGCACUCGUCAACACCAAGCGCGAGAACCUGCAUGACGUCGCUCCAGCAUCUGUGACAGAGAUUUUGGGUAACAAGAUGGACAUCUGGCUGGUGUCGAAUCUUCCCAUUGGUCUGUACAAGCCGGCAGAGGGCGCGGACGAGAAGACGUACUUCCUGCGAGGACACGUGCUGGCCGGCAAUGCAGAGUUGACGAAAGGUGCGGAACGUCAAGCCGAGGAGUUCCAGUGGCUGACCAAGGAGGAGAUCGAAAAGUUGAUGGAUGGCAAGUACUGGUCGAACGUCGAGGAGCUGCUCGAUCCUUGA